UUAGUUUUGAUUAGGGAGCGAUGCGAAGUGAUGAUAAACCCGUCAAAACGAGUAGUCGCAGCUCUCCAUAAAAUACAUUUAUGUGUUCGCUUUUCUGGCUGAAUUUUACAAACUGCAACUAAAUGAUUUUAACGUGCUUCUCUGCUCUUUAAAAGUGCGCAAUUGAGGGAUUGUUUCGCUGUGAAAUAGCGCACUGCGGUUCCAGUUCGAAGCCCCAUUUUUUACUAAAGAAAAAAGAACGACACCACCGCAGCGAGAGCGAUAUGCGUGGACCUAGACCGCUGCCCCGCUGGAGACCACAUCAGAACCUGAAUCCCAGUCCCAGCCACUGUGAGUGCGAGUGCAGCCUCUCGACCUCCGUGUGAAGAAGCCCAGUUGGCAGAGCCUGUAAGAUGAGCCUGUGGAGGAACCUGCGCUCCCUGGAGACCCGAAAUCUGGACCUGGCCCUCAGCCAGCGGGAGCACCAAUUGGUGGCUGGCCACCUGCCCUCGGCCAUUUUCCGCGAGCGCCUGAGUGCGGCGCAGAAUCUCUACCAGCGCAACCUAACCGGUCACUACGGAUGUGUGAAUGCCCUGGAGUUCAGCUCGGGUGGUCAGUUCCUGGCUUCAGGAGGCGACGACAAGAGGGUUCUGCUGUGGAACAUUGACCGCGAGGUUGUGUCCAAGCUCGGGAAACCCCGCUCCAUGAACGAGAAGCAUGCCAGCAACAUCUUCUGCCUGGGAUUUGACACCCAAAACUCCUACAUCUUUUCCGGGGGAAACGAUGACUUGGUCAUCCAGCAUGACCUAGAAACAGGGAAAAUCCUCAACCACUUUUCGCACGAUGGACCUGUUUAUGGUCUGAGUGUGGACAGGAUCAGUGGCCACCUCCUAAGCGUGGCCACGGAGCACGGCGAGAUCCUAGUGUACGACCUAAGGGCAGGGAAGUCCGAACCGCUGGCCCUCGCCAAAUUCAAGACGCCCUUCAAUGCCGUGGAGUUUCACCCACUGAAUGGCCAUUUUCUGGCCACUGCGAACGCGAAAAGGGGAGCCAUGCUCUGGGAUCUAAGACACCACCAGCAGCCGCUGUGUCAGUACAACUACAUCCCGGAAUCACCGAGCUGCAUGAGCGUGCGCUUCAAUUGCAACGGCACCCUUCUGCUCACCUUGCACCGCCGGCUACCGCCGAUCCUGUACAGUCCGGGAUCCCCGGAGCCGGUGGCCACCUUCUACCACGACGAAUACUUCAACUCCUGCACCAUGAAGAGCUGCACUUUUGCGGGGCCGCAGGACGAGCUGGUGGUCUCGGGCUCGGACAACUUCAACAUGUUUAUCUGGCGGCUAGAAGGAGUGGACUUGGAUGAAAAGAACCAGUGGAUGGAGACAACGCCCAUAAUCCUCGCUGGUCACCGCUCCAUCGUAAACCAGGUGCGAUACAAUCGCGAGCGCUGCUUACUCGCCUCCUCUGGCGUGGAGAAGAUCAUUAAGUUGUGGAGUCCCUUUGCCCAGCAGGGCUGGGAAGGAUCCCUCACCCAAGCCGAAGCACUGCCCUACUGCACACGCGCACUGCAUCGCGAGUCUUCGGAUCAUGUGUCCCAGGACUUCAGUGCCCGCAACACCGACGAGGACCAGGUGAUGCUGGCCUUCUUCGACACUUUGGUGCAGCACGAGCUUGAGUCGUGGAGCACUAUGGACAAUCAGAACAGCUCUAAAAGCAGCACAGACACAUCCACGUGUAGCGAGGUCAGCUCGCCAACUGAGGAGCAACCCAGCGACGAGGAGCGCGACUGGGAUCAGGACCCUCAGACUGACCGGGACCAAAACGAGGAAAAUGUGCAAGACCAGGACAUCGACACGCCCAACGUCAGCGAACUGAGCUGGCAGACUUAUCCGAACCGAAUCUUCUACCUAAUCGCCAAGAAGCGCGGCGCCUUACUUCAGCUAGCGGUUAGGGGCACCACUCGACAUCCGCGCAACGUGGACCAGUUGCUCCAGAGGCUCCUUGGCGAACAAAAGCAGGCUGCCACGCAGGCCCGGAUCAGCGACUGGCUUGAGGAGACGCACCGUCUCUUUGGCGACGACGAACUACCCACCACAUCAGCGGAGGCCGCAGCCCGGGAGCAGCGACGACGAGAUGGCGUUCUGCUCUGUCGAAACCGCAGGACACAAGAACUUAAAUUAGUUGAAACACCAAAAUCCAGAAUCGGUCAAAGAAAGCGAAAGCGAAAAUCAAAGAGGCAGCCUUUUCAAGCCUCAAAACUUAGGAGAGCGACUGGUCGACCACGCACCACCGAGAUGGACGAGAGCAGCGCUUCCAAUGACACCGAGGUCAACUACGACUCCGAUGAAGAGGAGCCCUCGUCCGGGGACAAUAACAACAACAAUGCCAAUGAAAGGGAACGGGAAAGCCUCCGAACCGACGAUGAUGGAGACAAUUCCUCCACCACUUCGUUAACCUCAAUGGAGGCCCAGUUUUCUGAGGCUCCCAGCACCGCCAGUUCUUUUCUUUUCCACCAACUGGAGACCAACAACAACAGCCAGCUGACGUCCAACCAAAAUCACAAGGCAGUGAAUGGACUAAUUCCGGAUAUUUGUAAUACUGAGUCAACAGCAUCCACUUCAUCGUCCAUGUAGGUUGGGCCCAUAUAGAAGAUUCCUGUUUUAAACAUCUUACUAAGCUUAAAUAUGUUUUUAUAAGAGAAAACACUAUUCACUCUUACUUUUAAUGUCCACUGAAACACGUACUAAUGUGUAGCUUAGCUUUCAUAGAAAGUAAUAAUCACAAUGCAUCAUCCACCACUUUGUUACUUGAUUUAGAGAGAAAAUAAGGUUUUUAUAAAGCAAUCGAAUCAUCUGUUUUAAAAUCUGGAUAACUCCAUUAAACCAUUUUUUCUGCGCUUAUAAGGAGCUCAACUAA